AUGGCAAAUGAACCGAGUCACUUUGAGCCUGCUUUAAUUUCUGGCGGGAAAUCCCCCUUACGCUUGGCUUUUUCUUACGUGCUUGACUGGAUUAUUAUUAUUAUCGUCGCUGGUGUUGGUGGUUACUUAUACAAGAUUACCGGGUACAACCAUGCAUUUUCUCUCGAUGAUCCGUCAAUAUCCUAUCCACUCGUCGCGAACACCGUUUCCAUCACUAUCGUCGGCAUAGUCGCUUGCGCCGUACCCGCUGUUGUCAUCUUCAUCCUUUGUCUCCUGAUUCCUUCGUCUACCAUUCAAAUAUCAAGCCAGGGUGAGGGCGACACAAGGAGCUUGUGGCACCGUCGACUCUGGGAAUGGCAUGCGGGUUGGCUAGGCCUUGGCUUCAGUCUGGCAGGAGCGUUUCUGGUCACUUCUGGUCUGAAGGACGUAGUGGGAAAACCUCGUCCUGACUUUCUUGCUCGAUGCGAUCCUGACCUCUCCAACAUCGCCGCCUACGUGGUUAGCGGUCUUGGGUUAAAUAAGACAUCGGCGCCCAUCCUGGUCAACACUGGCAUUUGCCGGAACAUGGAUAUCAGUGUUGUGAAAGAUGGGUUUGCCGCCUUUCCCUCUGGACACUCAUCAUUUUCUUGGGCAGGAUUGCUUUACUUGUCUCUCUGGCUUAGCGCAAAGUUCGCGCUCACGUUUCCUGGUCCGUUUCGCCUCUCUCCCUCGAGAAGACAGGGGGAUGGCAACGUCAACAUGGUUUCACCAUUCCGGUCCUUGGCAGCAGCUCCACCACUUUACCUCCUUUUACUUGUUCUCGCCCCAGUAGCUGUGGCUCUCUUCAUCUGUGCCACUCGUUAUGCUGACUAUAUGCAUGCUGGUUGGGACAUAAUCGGUGGUAGUCUUAUCGGCAUUGCUUUCGCCUGGGCUGGGUUCCGAUGGUACCACGUUUCGCCUCGUGGUGCAGAAUCCUGCGGCUACGCUGGAUGGGCUUGGGCACCGCGGCCAACAUGGGGAGCCUUUGGGGUGCCAUUUGGGAGCCCGGGUUUUGGGAGAAACGAGGAUUCCAUGAGGGAGGUGCGGACAACCACAAGUGGCUAUGAGGAUCUGGAGCUUGGGCCAAUACAAUAG